UGAUGGUCUUUAACCCCGCCCCCUAAUUCACAAUGAGGCGUGGAACGCACCGUCGGACAUACCGGAAGCGAGUCCCUGCGAGGAGACAAGAAGGAGGAGCUGCAGCUCAAGCACCAGCCAGUGAUGGGGAACCAGGAUCCAGAUCAGCUGCAUGAGACAAUCCUGACUCUCACACUGGAGAUUAUCUACCUGCUGACUGGAGAGGGCUACAGUGUUACAAAGAAGUCAGGUGAUGACAUGCCCCUCCCACAGAGCUGCACUGACUGUAUGUUGGGAGGAGCCUGCAGGCACCAUGUGACCAGCCCAACGGUGGCCCCUCCCCCUGGCUCCGUCAUACAGAAGGAAAAUGCCAAGAAGAUCCUGGAACUGAUGUCCAACAUCAUCCAGCUGCUGACUGGAGAGGGUGCCAUAAAGUAUGAGGAUGUGUCGAUCUAUUUCUCCAUGGAGCAGUGGGAGAUACUAAAAGGCAUGAAGACCGGGGGGGUGAGGAAGGAGAGUAAAGUGGGUUGUGAAUGGGAUGUGGGGGCAGAUGUGCGCAAUGCAAAUAAACCAGACAAGACUGAGGCAGAAGAAGCAGAUUCCUGGGGAGAAGGAAACCCCCCAAACCCUGACAUUUCCCCAACUGAUCCCCAAACACUGACCAACUGUAUCUCUCAUGGGAUUAAGGAGGAAUCAUGGGAAGAGGAAGAACAUUGUGAGUGGAACACUGAUCCCCCUACAGAACAGAUCCAGGGCACAGACCCCCCUACUGACACUGUGGGCUCCCACCUGAAUAUCAGCCAAUCAGAUAAUCAUAGUGAUAUUAAAGGAGCCCUUUAUUCCUGGGGAGAAGGAAACCCCCCAAACCCUGACAUUUCCCCAACUGAUCCCCAAACCCCGACCAACUGUAUCUCUCAUGGGAUUAAAGGGGAAGCAGCAUCACUGGAAGUAGAAUGGAAAGUUCAGCCCCUCACAGACCAGAUACAGGCAGCCGAAAGCAAGGGACCCACGUGUGGGAAAUGCCCCGAUGCCAAUGCGUCCGUACCACGUGAUGUUACCCAGGUGAUGUUCUACUGCAACGAGUGCCACGUGUGUUUCAUAUGUAACAAGGAUCUGGAGAUUCACCAGAGAAGCCACAAAGCAGAGAAGCCGUUCCGUUGCUCCGAAUGCGGCAAGUGUUUUGCCAACCGCUCCACCCUCGGCGCCCACCACCGAAUUCACACCGGAGAGAAACCCUACGUCUGCCCCGAAUGCGGCAAAUGCUUCCGCUCCCGCUCGCACCUCUUCUCCCAUAAGAACAGCCACAAGAGCGAGAAGCCGUUUUCGUGCUCCGAGUGCGGGAAGCGUUUCAGCAGUCGCUCGCACCUCGUUUCGCACCAGAUCAGUCACACGGAGGAGAAACCGUUCUCUUGUCCCGUCUGUGAGAAGUGCUUCAAGAGCAAGCCGCAGCUCACAGAACAUUACCGCAUCCACACCGGGGAGAAGCCCUUCUCUUGCUCCACCUGUGGCAAGUCUUUCACUCAGCGCUCCCAUCUCAUUGGCCACGUCCGGCUCCACACGGGGGACAAACCCUUCUCCUGCUCUGAUUGCGGCAAAUCUUUUGGGCUUCAGCGAGACCUGAACAAACACAUGAAGUUUCACUCCGGGGAGAAACCAUUUACCUGCAAUGAAUGCGGCAAGUCGUUUUUGCUGCAGGGGCAUCUGAAAAGACAUUUCCUCAUCCACACGGGGGAGAAGCCCUUCUCUUGUUCUAUAUGCGACAAGCGAUUCGGCCUUCAGAGCAACCUCAACAGACAUUUCCGAAUUCACUUACAGUAGAUCUGUCCGGCUCUGAUAGAGGAGACGACCCGCUGUCCUGACCGAACUUCUGGAGUCUGUUGUAUUUCAAAGGCUUGGUGUUGGCAGUUUGUAGGGCUCCUUACAGGUACAUCUGAACCUCACCCCCUUGUAAGUCAGGCCACGCUUCUUCCACCCACGGACACACCCCAGUCCUGUCCAGGUGAGGCCCCAAUCCUACUCUCUGCUCUGCUUGUUUGGAAGAUUUAGGGUGCCUUUCAGAUCUUUUCAAUGGAGGCAGGUAAGUAAAAUUAGGGUGCAUAUUCUAAAAGAGGGUGAGAGGGGUGCAAAUUGGGGUAACUUCC